GUUGCCCUUAUGUGACCAGCUCAAACUAGUUUUGAGAAACAAAGGACGGGGCAACAGAUAACAGAAAGCGGUCUUGGAGUACUGACGAGGGCGGAGUGAGCAGAAACACUCGGAGCAAGGAGUUCAUUCGUGAGAAACGCAAUCUACUGUGCCAAAAUGCGGGGUAUGUUAUCAGUUGUUCUUGUAGUGGUGGUGGCCUUAAUGAUGGUGACUGCAGAAGCUGGAAGGGGCAAGAAAGAGAGAGGCAAAGGUGCCAAGGCAACAUCUGACUGCACAGAAUGGACCUAUGGCAACUGUGUGCCCAACAAUGGAGACUGCGGCCUUGGAGUCAGAGAGGGCACCUGCAACGAUCAGACCAAGAAGCUCAAGUGCAAAGUUCCUUGCAACUGGAAGAAGGAGUUUGGCGCCGACUGCAAGUACAAGUUUGGCAGCUGGGGAGAGUGUGAUAUGACCACUGGCUUGAAGACCCGAUCUGGAACCCUGAAAAAAGCCCUGUACAAUGCUCAGUGCCAGACAACCAGGAGUGUGACCAAACCCUGCCCAAAGACCAAGACAAAGGCCAAAGGAAAGAAGGGAAAAGGGAAAGAGCACUAAAGAGAGUUGGAGCCUUGCGAUGUAACAGGCCUCUCCUCCGGAUUUACCGCACCAGCACAAUCUUCCUUUCUUUGCCAAACAUCUCGGACCACGCUCAAGGUAUCACUGCAGCCAUAAUUGCUGCCCUCCUGAAAAAAAGCAAAAACAAAACAAAAUGCAUACUAUUUCUUAUUUUAUGAAACCAGUGUUUGUAAUGUACAGUAUCCUUUCUCUUAUAUGUAGGCAAACUUAAAUAUGUAAUCAAAGACAAGUCCCUUUCCUGUUACUGAUUUUUUUAAAAGUCAAUAUUCUUUUGAAAUGGUGGAUUUGGCCAAGAAAUUCUGAAUGAAAAUUCUUGGUAUGGCUAAGGCUUUUUUUCUUGUUUUCUUUUUGACUACCAGUUAGACCUACUAACAGAACUGAACAGGUUUCUCCAGUGAAUUUGAAAUGUGUGCCAAGUACUAAACUCAUAGGGCCCAAAUCACCUAAUUAUUGUAGAGGAUAGCUGUAUGCAUAUUUUAUGUAUGAAAAGAUGUAGGGUUUGAAUGCUCAAGGGAUUAGAAUUUUGAUUAUUCAAAAUGAUGUGUGGGUAGCAGAUACUAUUGCCAUUGUUAUAUAUAGGUUUUGUUUGAAACAAAGCUUAUGUGAGCCUAUUUGAGUGUGUAUGUAUAAUCUGUAUGCACACAGACAUAAUAGUAAGUUUUAUUGUAUUCACAAAUGCUGUCAACAAGAAAAUGGACCAUUCCCAAUAAAUACACUUUCUUAAAACAA